AUUGUGUAUACGGACCAAACUAGGUGGUUCUGUGUUUAAACCUUGACUUGUGCCUUGAAGGAUUUUGCACGUAGGUAUGUACUAUGUGCGCCACUGAAGUUACAAGACGCUUUCCUUAACCACCAUGGCACGAAACAAGAAGCGUAUCUCCAUGUCAUUGUAUGCUCAUACUGGGUCAGGAACACAUCCAUCACUUCGCACUUUUGGUGUCACCCAAGAACCCAACCGGAAAUAACCUCAGUACUUGGCGGCUGCAUGCGAUGAACAGGCCAAACCCAGCUUAUGCCACGCAGCAGGAGUGGCAAUACAAACCUGCCAUCGUUCCUGGUCGCACUACUCGGUUACUAGCCCUAGUCCUGCUCGGAAAGACACAGGGGAGUGGAGAGGAUAUUAGCAAUAUUUUGACUGCCGUGGAACUGGUUCAAGAUGACCCAUCUUGGACUUGUAAGGAAUGGGUCUUUGGGGCCAUCGAGCUUCUUGUAACCCGCGGAAUAAUUGCCCGACCUCCAAUCGAGCUUGGCAACCUUUACGGGUUUGCAUCGAAACUUGCUGACUCGUUCAAGGAACGCCCCGUAGAACGACAAGCCUAUUUCCCAGUACCAACUUGCGAUAACACUGGCACCCUGAUCACUUCUGAGGUUAUAUGAAUCGUACACGGACUUGCGAACCUUGUCUGUCUCCUAACACGUUGACAGGAAACCCCAAAGCUGAAUUUUCUAGACCCUGUCACCGAAAUGAAUUGGAGACCCAAUAACGUGUCCAGAACUUGAAAUGGAGAGUAAACUUUGGCUGGACCCGGGAGAUAUCCCAGGUUGUAGUCUGUUGACAAACAUACAUAUCACCACGUA